AUGUCGUGCUUCAAGUCCAAAUACGCCGAUGAGCUCAUCGCCAAUGCUGCUUACAUCGGUUCUCCAGGGAAAGGUAUUCUCGCCGCUGAUGAAUCCACAGGGACCAUCGGAAAACGUUUCGCAAGCAUUAACGUCGAGAACGUUGAAUCAAACAGACGUGCUUUACGUGAGCUCUUGUUCACCACUCCAGGAGCUCUCCAAUACAUCAGUGGUAUCAUCCUCUUUGAGGAAACUCUCUACCAGAAAACAGCUUCAGGUAAACCAUUUGUUGAUGUAAUGAAGGAAGCUAAAGUCCUUCCCGGUAUCAAAGUCGAUAAAGGAACUGUCGAGCUCGCUGGUACAAAUGGUGAAACCACAACCAUUGGCCUCGACGGGCUCGGAGACCGUUGCAAGAAAUACUAUGAAGCAGGUGCACGUUUUGCCAAAUGGCGUGCCGUUCUCAAAAUCGGAGCCAACGAGCCUUCGGAGUUAGCCAUCCACGAAAACGCUUACGGUCUAGCGAGAUAUGCCGUCAUUUGCCAAGAGAACGGUCUCGUCCCCAUCGUGGAACCAGAGAUCCUCGUGGACGGAUCCCACGAUAUUGAGAAAUGUGCUUACGUCACGGAACGUGUCCUCGCGGCUUGUUAUAAGGCUCUUAAUGAUCACCACGUGAUCUUAGAAGGAACGCUCUUGAAACCAAACAUGGUUACUCCAGGCUCCGAUAGUAAGUCUAGGGCUGAACCCAAAGUGAUCGCAGAGCACACGGUCCGUGCAUUACAGCGUACUGUCCCCGCCGCGGUUCCAGCCGUUGUGUUCUUGUCUGGAGGACAGAGUGAGGAACAAGCAACUGUGAAUUUAAACGCCAUUAAUCAGCUCAAAGGUAAGAAACCGUGGAGCUUGACGUUUUCGUAUGGACGUGCGCUUCAGCAGAGUACACUCAAGGCUUGGGGAGGUAAAGAGGAGAAUGUUGAGAAGGCUCAAAAGGCGUUCUUGGCUCGAGCCAAGGCUAACUCGGAGGCAACUACUGGUGCCUACAAAGGUGAUGCUCAGCUCGGUGAAGGUGCUUCUGAGAGCCUUCACGUUAAAGACUACAAAUACUAA